UUGUUGCGGAUCCCCCCGCCAUUAGCCGCCGUGCUCACGGCCCUCCCAGGGCAGUUUGAAAGAAGCAGACAAAGGCAGCGGCGGCAGCAGCCGUAGGCCCGUCGGCCAGGCAGUGCUAACAGAGCCCUGCUUUCCGCCUCUCGCCACAGGGAUGGUAACGGGAGCCCACGCCGUCCUGACAUCUUUCGGGACUACAUGUAUUUUAGAAACCCUUAAAAAUGUACCGUGGCCAGGAUCCCCGGGGCAAAAGAGAGAGGUUUUCCCGAAACGGAAGGGGCUGCGAUGCCUGAUAUCUGCUUUAUAUUAUGGUUUGUAUCGGAGUGGAUUUUUCUAGUAUUUGAAUCCGUCUGCGCAAUCCGGGCGGUCACGUGGGGCAUGGAGCUAAUACGUUUGAACGGGAAUAAAUGAAAAGAGAAAGGAGGGGAGCUAUGAAAAUACGUUUUUUUGGCUGAAAGCCGAGACCUUCGACGAAAGUGACGGCGAGGACUGCGCGUUGAAGAUGGAGACGCACGUUUUGUGCCUCUUCCCGGAGAUCUUGGCCAUGAUUUUCAGUUAUUUGGACGUAAGGGACAAAGGACGGGUGGCCCAAGUUUGCACGGCUUGGAGGGACGCGUCUUACCACAAGUCGGUCUGGAGAGGGGUCGAGGCGAAGCUGCAUCUCCGGAGGGCUAACCCGUCCCUCUUCCCCAGCCUGCAGACCCGGGGGAUCAGGAGGGUGCAGAUCCUCAGCUUGCGACGCAGCCUGAGCUAUGUGAUCCAAGGGAUGCCAAAUAUCGAAAGCCUGAAUCUGAGUGGCUGUUAUAACUUAACGGAUAAUGGCCUCGGGCAUGCCUUUGUCCAGGAUAUAUCUUCCUUGCGAGUGCUGAACUUAAGCCUGUGUAAGCAGAUCACAGACUCCAGUCUGGGCAGAAUCGCUCAGUACUUGAAAAAUCUGGAGGUACUGGAGCUAGGUGGCUGCAGCAAUAUCACCAAUACUGGCCUGUUACUCAUCGCUUGGGGCUUGCACCGCCUGAACACCCUGAACCUCCGCAGCUGCCGGCAUGUGUCGGAUGUGGGUAUCGGUCAUCUGUCUGGCAUGACUCGGAGCGCGGCUGAGGGCUGCCUCAACCUGGAGUACCUGACCCUGCAGGACUGCCAGAAGCUGACGGACUUAUCCCUCAAGCACAUCUCCAAAGGCCUGACCAAGCUGCGAGUCCUUAAUCUAAGUUUUUGCGGCGGUAUCUCAGACGCCGGCAUGAUCCACCUCUCCCACAUGACCAGCCUGUGGAGCCUUAAUCUGCGCUCCUGCGACAAUAUAAGUGACACGGGCACCAUGCAUCUGGCCAUGGGCACUCUGCGCUUGUCGGGUCUGGACGUGUCAUUCUGCGAUAAGAUCGGCGAUCAGAGCUUGGCUUACGUGGCCCAGGGCCUAUACCAGCUGAAGUCGCUGUCGCUGUGUUCCUGUCACAUAAGCGACGACGGCAUCAACAGAAUGGUACGCCAGAUGCAUGAGCUGCGGACAUUGAAUAUUGGCCAGUGUGUGCGGAUCACCGACAAGGGCCUGGAGCUGAUCGCAGACCACCUGAGUCAGCUGACGGGCAUCGACCUCUACGGCUGCACGAAGAUCACCAAACGGGGUCUGGAGCGCAUAACGCAGCUGCCCUGCCUUAAAGUUUUGAACUUGGGACUCUGGCAGAUGACCGAGGGUGAAAAAGUGCGAUGAAACCUGCCAUUUUAAAGGCUUUGCAGACGAAGGAGCGCGGGGGGCAGUUUCAAGUAUUUAAACAACACCUUUUCCUGAGUAGUAAUAGCUAUUGUCAAAUUACUAUUUUCCUAAUGAAAUUAAAACUGUGAGUUUUUUUAAAUAUAAACAGGAAAAUCGUCUCAUUUAACUUAUGCUCCAUAUAACAAUAGACAAAAUAAUGAGGUAGUUUAAAUGCCUUUAAAAGCUGCAAUACGGAGUUGACGGACGUUGUUAUCGCGUUUUGAAUAUUUUGGCUACCUCGUUUUGUUUAGCUAGAAAUCUUAUUCCUUAAAUACACGAAUUGUGCCUAUGAAUUUCCCCUCCCCCACAGUUUCCUCUGGGGGGAAGCAAGAAUGAUCGGUCUCUAAGUUAAUUUUUAAAUGUAUGCCAAUCCUGCAAACAAGUCUUUUUAAAAGCAUUCGUGAAGUAUGUGAAAGCGAAUUAUUAUUGUAAUUAUUUUUAAAUUACGAAAGCCUAUAUUUUAAGACGUUGUAGUCGUCCAGGCCUUGAUUUUCUAGCUUUGAAUAUGGAGUCCCUUCUGAUGAUGUAUUUAUGCUUGUCUGAGCAGAUUUGUUUAAAAUGAAUAGUUUAAAUUCAUGGCAUCAUACUUCAAAUUGAAGUGACUUCUUAUUUUGGUGCCCUUACAUGAAUCAGUCCAUUUUCCUGAGUAAUUUCCCUGUGUGUUGUGUUCAGGUUUGUCUAGUAUCCCUUUGAAAAAUUUAACCGAAAAAGUUUUUUUUUUUCUUCAUUAAUGAUGGAAAGUGAAUGUGUUGAUCUGCAACAUCUAAUGAGUCCUGCUGAAGAGAUGCUAUGUUCUAAAUGUACUGUAUGCAUAUUUGUAACAGAAGACUCCAGCCGAAAUAGUUUUAUAUUCUUACAGUGAAAUACAAAUUUAUUUAUGUAAUAAAGCAGAAUAUUAAGUAUUUUUUGAAAA